AUGGCGGCCUCGCCCGCCAUCGACCUGCGAGAGCCGCUCGCGGCUCUGUUCAAGCGCGCGGGCGUCGCCGAAAGCCUCUACCGCAGGUAUGAGGGGCGGCUCGCGGAGCUGGGCGUUGGCGAUGCCGGCGACCUCCUCGAGGAGGUCGCUGAGAAGGGCAUCGGCUCGCUCGACAUCCACGACCGCCAGGCGGAGAAGCUCCGCCGAGCUCUUCUCGGCCUGCGGGGCUGGGGGGACGCAGCUGCGGUCUUGGCAUCCCUCAGCGGCUUGUCGCUGGGCGACACCCCGGCUGGGGUGGCGGCUGGCGAUCAGGCGGCUGGUGGCGGGGCGGCGGCUGGCGGCGAGGGCCGCGGCGGCGCGCGCCCCGAAGAGGCGGACGGCGGUGCCUGCGACGCGCAGGCCGCUGAAGGUGGGUCCGGAGAUGAGGCCACGGGUUCUAAGGCGGGCGAGGCGGCUGCUGAGGCGUUGGCGGAGGCGGCGGUCGACGCUGUCUACGGGGCGCUCGUAGCGGCGACGCUCGAGGAGUGGGCGGGCGCGAGCACGGACAACCCCGUCUCCGCGGAGGACGCUCGAGGCCCAGGCCUCGAGUGUCAGGAUUGCUUUGAGAACUUUUACAAGGAGUACGACGUGGAGCCUUGGCUCUGGCGCCGGGCGAUGCGUGAGGGCUGGUCGGAGCUGGGGGGCUGGUCGCGAGAGGAGAUGGAGGCGGCGGAGGAGGAGAUGCGGCGCGGCGAGGGUUCUGAUGCCUAUGGGCUUCAGAUCUCUCAGCUAGGCGAGUGGGUCUGCGAUGCUUGCUUGGAGGGCUAUCUGGGGGGGGGCGUUGGCGACUACUCGGAGCUGCGCAGCGGCUACGUUGCGCCGUAUCCGAGUAACCCCUGGAUAGGUCGCUCGCGCGACCUCUCCUGGAUGCGCAAGGGGCCCAUAGGGGUCACGCGGAGGGAGGCGCUGUUAGCGGCGGAGGAGGCGAAGGCGGCCGCGCGGGCGGCGGAGAAGGCGGCGCGGGCAGCGGAGGGGGGGAAGGGCGGCGGCAGCGGGCGGCAGUCCCGCGAGGCACGCCGGCGGAAGGGUUCGUCUUCGCGGGGCGGGAUUCACCAUUCGGCCUGGAGGGACAUGCAUGCGGCGGCGGGCCGCGCAGGGAGGAGGGAGCAGGUGCGGUUUGUCUCGGUCAGCCAGUUCGGCGCGGGCGCGUUCUUGAACGCGAUCCCGACCCGCGCGCACUUCCGUCUGCCCUCGUACGUGCUGCGCUUCGCGCUGCAGCGCCGCUUCGGAUUGCACCUGUCGAUGAUGACGGACGUUAUGGCGGACGGCAUCUACAGCCAGCACGGUCUGCCCUUUGACGCCCUCGGCGACGUGGCGCAGAACGACGGCGCGGCGGGCCACCAGACGCGGCACAAGGAGGUCCUCCUGGACCUCGUCGAGCUGCUGCGGGGCAAGCUGGGGCGCGGCGCUGUGGAGCACGAGUUUCACUGCGAGCACAGCACUACGAGGACGGACUUGUACAUUUACCAGGGCGUGAUUGGGGACCUGCCAUGCAUCGGCGACACGAAGAUCUUUGCCGGUGUGCCGUCGGACCCCUCGGGGGCGGGGCGCAUGGGGGCGUUCGUCGCUUGCGGCAACACGCUGCCACGCGCCCGCGAGACGGUUCUGGGCGUGGAGGGCGGGGACAGGGGUGGGAGGGUGGGACGGUGGGAUCCGCGGACGGGGACCGGGACGGUUGAGGCUGUCAAGGGCCAGUACACGGACGCAGAGGGGAAGUGCCAUGUGGAGGCGUUGCUCUUCGAGGAGUUCGGCGCAAUGAGCGCGGGGGUGGAGGAGCUGCUGAUGCGGGUGGCUGAGGUGGCGGGCCGGAAGCUCACGUGGUGGCAGUACGACCAGACGUCGUGGUCGGCGCGCGAAUGGAUGCCGUUUGCGCUGCAGCGACUGUCGGUGCAGCUCUGGGUGGCGCUCGCGGACGAGGCACAGCGCGCCAUUGGUGCGGCGUCGCGCGACCGCGAGGGACCGCGGGGGAAUGCUAGUGGGAUGGGGGGCUCUGAGGGGAAGGGAGCGGGGGGCGCCCAGUAG